AUGACGUCCAGAACAAGAGCCCUCAAUGCUGCCCAUGCUGCUGGGAUUUUUGCAGACAUGACUCUCGACGGACCCGAGAUUGGCACUCUCGUCGCCGUUGUUGACAGGGCUAAAAACCUCCCGAAUCGGAAGACCAUGGGCAAGCAAGAUCCUUAUUGUGCUAUGAGGCUCGGUAAGGAAGCCAAAAAGACGGAAACAGACAAAAGAGGCGGACAGACACCGAGAUGGGACCAAGAACUGCGAUUCACUGUCCACGACUCCCCCGACUAUUACAAAUUGAAAUGCUCCAUUUUUAAUGACGACAAGAAGACCGACCUCAUCGGCGAAGCCUGGAUCGAUCUACAAGAAGUCAUCAUUCCGGGCGGUGGACAGAGUGAUCAGUGGCGCCAAUUGAACUUCAAAGGCAAAUAUGCAGGAGAUAUCCGGAUUGAAUUGACAUACUACGAUGCAAGACCAAAGCCAGAGCCUCUGGCAGAGAAGCAAAAGCAAAGAGACAAAUCUCAAUCGAUAACCAGUGAUGCCCCAAGCAUACCCUCUGGUUCUCGUCAGCUCGGUCCUCGUGAGAUUAAGAGAAGGCCCCUGCCGCCUGGUCCUGGCGGACAGCCCUCGACCGCUCAGGCGGCUGAGCGAUGGGGCCAGGAAGAGUCCCCGGAGGCAUUUCUAGGCCACGGGUAUACAAACAGCAACCCUCCACCGCGCCCACCAAAACAAAAGUUCAUCCCCGAGACUCCCGACGAUGUUGGAUAUGAUCUCAACCCUCGAUUUGGGCCCGACUCCUAUGAGCCGCCUCAGAGUUCUAGUUCAUCUUACCAUCAAAGACAAGCCUCUAGCAACUUCCAAGAUAGCUGCCACGAUCCUGUCGCACGCUAUGAGGAACAAGAAUUAUAUGCGAUGGAUUCGUACCAGCAACCGGCACUUCUACCAGAACCGCAACAAUCACUGUCUGUGCCUGGGCCACCGCCACCGGAGCAUCAUUCCUCAUCGGCACCGCACUCGCCAUACAACAUGCCAGACCACCCCCUAUAUCAUUCCUCUCCUCCCCGAAUGACGCCACAGGCCACUCCUCCGCCAGCUAUGCAAAAUCAACACUGGAACGGCAGAACCACCACAUCUCCAACCAAGUAUGCUGCCCACAGGGACAGUCCGCUGCGCCAAUCUAUAAGUCAACAAGAUAUGCUUGAAGCAACACCGACCUAUUCCAAUCUACAGUUUGACGAAGAGGAGUCACCUCCACCACCACCACCUCCCGCUCACCGAGGUCAGAUGACAAGGGUGCCAGGACCUUCACCGGCUUAUCGAGACCCAUUUGGAGAUCCUUCGCCUCGUACGCCCGUGACAUUCAACACCGUCGAAGACAGAAGUCCUCUUCAGAGGUUAGAGUGUGAUUAUGAUCCCUUCCAAGCAACUCCACCUACGCAAGAUAUACAACGCCAACCUGCGCCGCCGCAGUCUUAUGAACCAAGCCCACCAAUGUCAGUUGACCAUGAUAGAUAUCCCAUGUUCCCAUCUAAUAGGCGGAAAUCGUACAACAAUGAUGUGAAUCAGUUUCAGCCAAUAUGCUCUGAAAACGACGUGCCAACUCCUGAACAGAUUUGCGAUGGCAAUCUUGCUCAACAAUGGGAUAGAGAGAGCAGUCAAGAGAAUUUCAGGCAUUCUACAGGUAAUGAACCUCUCCAGCGGGCGCAGACAUUCGACAACUUUGAACUGCACGACGAGAGGCACGUCCGAAGAUCUGCUCCAAUCGUUGUCCGACCUCGCGCAAUCAGUCCCAAUUCUAAUCACACUAUUCCACGGAAGUCGAUCACCCCUACAUUCCCAUCGCCCGACGAUCGCAACCAGAUGCCCAGUGUCCCAUUUGGACCAGGCUCAUACGAUGUCUUGAACCCCGCGACGAAUCCACCACCCGCUGACGGUGCGUAUAACUUACCAGAAGAUGUACUAGAGGCUGCUCGGCAGAAAGAGGUUGACAAGCUACGAGAUCAAGGCCCAAUCAUCGGAAACGAUGGCAGGGUAAUUGAUCCAUCUGACCAUCUUCCGUCGGAUACCUGGGCGCCGGAGCCUGAAAGAAAACAACGGAAACCAGAGCAUGUCAUUAGGAUUCGCACUAGAGAAGAAGCACGCACACAUAGUCGUGCAGGAUCGUCACCAGUCUCUUCCCGACCACAUUCGAUUGCGACAUCGCCCUAUCAACUCCCGCCAAGCGCCCCAGCGUCUUCUCCAUACCAGGCGUCACCCCCUCCUGUCAUGGCUCCAGUUUCACCUAAAGUCGAAUCACCGAGCGGCCGGAACAGGCUGAAGAAACAGAUGCCGAACCGACCUCUCCCGACUCAACCAUAUGCACAUCCUCAAACAAGUCCAGGUGUGAUGAACGCCUCAUCAACGGACCGACCUAGUCCCUCAAACCAACGAUAUACAAUCCAUUCUUCUCCUGGAGGAGGACCACCUCAGCGGCCUCCACUGUCGGAAUACCAAGUUCCGUCUGUGAACAGUUACAGCCCGCGUGGUGGAUAUGGGCCGCCACCCGGGCAUCAAUACCAACUGGAAUAUUCACCAACACCGGCAAACCCGCCCAUGGAAAGGCCACUGCCGGAAAAUCCGAGUUACAAUGGGGGCCCGUCGUACGAAGUAGAUAAUCCGCUUGCUCUUGAGUUGAGCAGAAUUGACAUCGGACCAUCGAGAAUGCCCAGGACGGCAUUACGGCCCCAGAAAGCAUACGGCGCAUAUUAG